UUUCUUCUAUUAGCUUUUUUUGUCAUAUAGGAUGGUGGUGGCACUUCAGUCUUACCUUUAGUAUAUCAGUUUACGCUUGAUGUAUAAUUCAUCAUGCUGAGUACAUGAAGCUGAAAGGGAGCUGUGAGUUCUGCAUACUGGAAACUAGUUAGUGAAAACAGGUUAUUUUGCUUUUCUAAUUAAGUAUAUAAUUGCAUUUAAAAAUUCAUUCUAGAUUUAGUUUUUUGCCUGGUAAUUUUCUUUAAAAUACUAGGCUUUUGAAUAUGGAUUUAUAUCUGGAAGUUACAGUUGAUGAAGUGUUUUAUCAUUAAUAUUAUAUUAAUAUGUUUGCUGCUGCUACCAAGAGCUUUGUUAAACAAGUUGGAGAUGGAGGGAGAUUAGUUCCUGUUCCAAGCCUCAGUGAAGCUGACAAAUAUCAGCCUUUGAGCCUUGUGGUUAAAAAGAAAAGAUGCUUUUUGUUACAGAGAGCUAAAUUUACCUCAACACCUUUUACACUGAAUGAUAUUCUCCUAGGAGACAGAGAAAUUUCAGCUGGUAUUUCAUCCUACCAAUUAUUGAAUUAUGAAGAUAAAUCAGAUGUUUCCCUUUAUGGAAACAGACGAGGAAAUCAUAUGGUAAAUGAUGUUGGGAUUAAUGUUGCUGGAUCAGAUUCUAUUGCAGUAAAAGCUUCAUUUGGUGUGGUAACUAAGCAUGAAGUGGAAGUAACGACAUUACUCAAGGAACUUACUACUAGAAAAAUUAACUUUGAUCAUUGCUUAAUCCGUCAAUCAAGGAGUAGUAGAAAGGCAGUAUUGUGUGUGGUCAUGGAAAGUAUUAGAACAACACGCCAGUGUUCAUUAUCUGUUCAUGCUGGAAUGCGUGGGGAAGCAGUGAGGUUUCACAUUAUUGAUGAACAAAACCCAAAGGGAAGAGACAAAGCUAUUGUUUUUCCAGCACACACAACCAUAGCUUUUAGUGUUUUUGAACUUUUCAUUUAUUUGGAUGGUGCCUUUGACCUUUGUGUCACUUCAGUGUCAAAAGGAGGAUUUGAAAGAGAAGAAACAACAACAUUCGCAAUAUUCUACAGAUUAAGAAAUAUACUGUUUGAACGAAAUAGAAGGGUGAUGGAUGCCAUUGCUCGCUCUGAACUUUACAUGGAUGACCUUUUCUCAGAUUACUACUAUGAUAAAUCCCUCAGUAUGACUGACUUCUCUCUUAGGGAAGGGACUCAUGUCCGAGUUAAUUUACUCAAUCACAAUAUUCCAAAAGGACCUUGUGUCCUCUGUGGAAUGGGCAACUAUAAGAGGGAAACUGUUUAUGGAUGUUUUGAGUGUUCUUUCAAUGGACAAAAGUAUGUAAGACUUCAUGCUGUGCCCUGCUUUGAUGUUUGGCACAAGAGAAUGAAAUAAAAUAAGUGCCUUUAAUGUAGUUUUAAGUGAAAUUGUGCCAUAACCCUUUCCAAAUUAUCUGGAUUCAAAUGAGUCAACUAAUUGUGAAAGAGAAGAAAGGUAAAAAUUAAUUUCAAUGAUAUUUGUAUUUUAAUUUUCCUCAAAAAUUUUAUUUAUAUUUCAAAAUAUAGUGUUUCAAAAAGAGCUGGAAUAGUUACUAUAAAAAGAUUGUGGUAUUAUGUUGUUUUGUCAUGUGAAUUAAGAAAGUUCUAAAAAUUGAGAUUUUUUUCCCCUUAAAUGUUCUAUUAUUGACAAUUCAAAAUUUUAAUGAAGAAUUGAAUGCAGAAAUUUUUUAAAAAACAUUUACAUUAUGGUAAAAUGAGAAAAAUGUUAAUAAUUUAAUGUAAUCAUACAUAUUUAAUUGCAGUAUCAUAUUAAAAGGACAUUAAGAAUUCUCUAAACCUAAGGUUUCAUAAACAAAGUUAAGUGAACUAGAUUUUGAGAAACAGGUUGUUAUUAUUGAAUGUGCAUUUAAAGAUCUGAGGUUAUAAGGCUCCUUUACUGCUACUUCAAAUCUAUUGCAAAGAUCAGAUUUCUGUAUUUUCUCUGUCAUGAAGAUGCUUAAGGACAAAAUACCUUUAUGUAGAUUUAGAAGGUCUUAUUUGUCUACGCUACAAAGUAUCCCUAAUUUUUAAUGUCACUAUAAAAAGAAGACAUACAAAGAAUGUUAAAAUUAAAAACAAUUAUAGGAA